AUGAGGAGACUGUGGCUUGUUACCUGGAGUGGGCUUGUGCUAGUGGCAAUCCAAGUCUUCCUAUACCUCCCUCAUGGUGAAGGAGGACCCACACUGAGCCAGAUCCAUGUAGCGUGUGCGAUUGUGGCCGGUCUGCUUCAUUUCUUCUUCUUGUCUGCGUUCUGCUGGAUGCUGCUGGAGGGGGUUCAGCUCUACCGGAUGGUUGUGCUGGUGUUUCACACCACAUUAAAACAUCUCUACAUGUAUUUGCUGGGAUACGGAGUCCCUCUCGUUAUCGUUGCCGUCUCUGCCAUCGCCUUCCCAAAGGGAUACGGCACCGCUAGACACUGCUGGCUCUCUCUUGACCGUUAUUUUAUCUUGAGUUUUUUCACACCGGUCUGUAUCAUUGUGAUCCUCAAUGGUUUUGUCUUCAUCCUCACGGUGUGGAAACUGGCUAAAAAGUUCUCCAGCCUCAAUCCAGACCUCUCCAAACUCAACCAGAUCAGGAGUUUUACAGUGACCGCCGUGGCUCAGUUGUGUGUUCUCGGAGGAACGUGGAUCUUCGGCUUCUUCCUCUUCCAGGAGAAAGGGACUGAAGUCAUGUUGUACCUCUUCAUCAUCCUCAACACCCUCCAGGGGGCGCUCAUCUUCAUCAUGCACUGCCUGCUGUCCAAACAGGUCAGGACGGAGUAUUACAAUCUGUUUGUCCGAAUGUGUCCACACAAGAAGAAACCCGAACACAGAACCAGUACCAGCCAGACCAACAGCAGUCAGAAACCUCUACGGAGCGACGAAAGCACAGCAGAGUCACGGAUGUGAAGCACUUGUCAUGUGCUGAUGGAUUUUGUACAAACUCUUCAACACAAGACACAAAGACUUUCUGUGUCAAAUGAAGGCUUUUCACAAGCUUUAAUUCAACAAUACACAUUCACAGUCAUCAUCUGAUGAAUACUGCAGAUGCUUGCUCAUCACAUGGGAUAUGCAUCAUCUGUUACUGGAGACGGAGAUAUAGGCUUGUCGUAUAUAGGCUUGACUCCAUUCUUUGAAUCGAGUAUUUAGGUUGCUUCUGUUUUUG